AUGGAUGAUAUAUGGGAUAUUGAAGCCUGGGAUGAUUUUAGAAAAUAUUUUCCAGACGACUACAAUGGAAGCAGAAUUUUGUUCACCAGUCGGGUUUUGGAUGUGUCUAGGCAUUUUAGAUCUCACCCUUUGCGCUUUCUAAAUGAAGAUGAAAGUUGGGAUCUAUUUAGUGAGAGGGUAUUUCAGAAAGAAAAUUGCCCUGCGGAGUUGAUGGAAAUUGGAAAGCAAAUUGCUAAAAAAUGUCAAGGAAUUGUUGUAAUUGCUGGACUUCUCAAAAAAAACGACAAGACAUUAGAGUGGCGGAGACAUGUUGCUAAAAGUAGAAUCUUGGAAGAUGUGGCAGAGGGUUACUUGAUGGAUUUAAUUGAUCGAAGUUUGGUCUUGGUUGUCAGAAGAAAGUCUACAGGUGGAAUCAAAUCAUGUCGUGUCCAUGAUUUGUUGCAUGAUUUAUGCUUAAAAAAAGCAGUGGAAGAGAAUUUUCUGCAACAAAUUUGCUGGUAUGAAGAAGUUUCGUCUUCUGGUUUCACCGCAGAUAAGCAACUUUUCCUACCUAUUGCAGCAAAGCAAUGCCGCUUGUGUGUCCGUUCUCCCAUUUUUGGUGGCAUUUCUUCAGAGUUUUCUGCUCAGCACAUCCGCUCUUUCUUGUACUUUGGCUCUGAAAAGAAUCCAAUACGUCCUAAGGAUAUUUCAUUCCUUGAACGAGGCUUCAAUCUUCUUAGAGUUUUGGAUUUAUCAAGCAUCAGUAUCUCCCAAUUUCCCUGCUCAAUCGCUCAGCUAGUUCUCCUGAGAUACUUGGCGAUUAAAGGGAAAGAAUUUCAUCUGCCGGAUAAUAUAUCCGAAUUUCAGAACCUAGAAACUCUUAUUGUGUCAGGGCAAUUGGAUUUCUUGCCAAUUAGUGUUUGGAAGAUGGUAAAGUUGAGGCAUUUAUGUAUUGGAGGGGGAAAUCUUAUUCCAGAUUCACUAGACAUGGACAUAUAUUCUCUCGAUGGCCUACAAACCAUCUCACAGGUAUGUCCUUCUAAAGGAUGCCAGAAAGUCUUAACAAGGACUCCAAAUCUUCGAAAGCUGGUGCUCUGUGGACGUUUUGAGUUGGAGGACAGACCAUCUCAACAAGGACUACAAACCAUCUCACAGGUAUCCUCUGGUUUUUGGUUUCCUGAGCUAGAGUUCCUAGACCACCUUAAAGUAUUGAAGUUGUUCAAUCGGUUCAUUCCUGCCAACCGCACAUACAAUCUCCAAGGCGUUAAGUUUCCCCCAAAUCUUAAAGAGCUUACUUUAUCAAAAACUAAUUUAGCAUGGGAGGAAAUGUCAAUCAUUGGGUCAUUACCCAACCUUGAGUCUCUAAAUUAG